AUCACGUGAUGUAAACAUGGCAGCCUCCAGCGCUGAAAGUGUCAAAAUUACUGAUCACGAUAAGCAAAUUCUUAAGCAGAUAUUUAAUCCUGGAUUACCGUAUGGCGACGACAUCGAAGAAGAUGAACUAAAAGAAGAAUCAUGUGAUGACUCAGAGGAAGUAAAGAAAGCUAAAGCCCUAGAAAUACAAGGAGUGAAAGCUGCUGAAGCUGGUGAUGUUGAUGCAGCUCUGGCCAUAUUUACAGAAGCUGUAAAUGUGGCACCAAAUUGGCCUUCUGCUUACAACAACAGAGCUCAGGCCUUAAGGUUGAAAGGAGACAUUGAAGGGGCAAAAGCAGAUUUGGAAAAAGCUUUGGAACUGAGUUCAGAGAAAGGAACCCCAGCUUGCCAGGCAUUUACACAAAGGGGACUCAUCAGAAAGAAAGAAGGUGAUGACGAAGGUGCCAGACAUGAUUUUAAGAGAGCCGCAGACUUGGGCAGUGGCUUUGCUAAGCAGCUGUUGGCCUCCAUGAACCCGUAUGCAGCGCUUUGCAACCAGAUGCUGGGAGAAGUCAUGCAAAAGUUAAGGUCUGGUGCUUGCGAGGAACAGUGACAGAAAAUGUUUUAAAACCUCCAAAUCUGGUUCUCACAUGAAAGAUAUGUGUUGGUUCUACAUCAUUCCUGUUUUAUUUCUUACUGUUUUCAUUGCAUGUUAACACACCAGAAAGCUAUUUACUAUAUGGCAAUGAAAAUUUUUUAUUUACAAAUUUUAUCUUUAAUAAAUGUAGUGUUCAUAGUUGAAAUUAUUGCCUGUAUACAAAGAUCAGA